AUGAAGGGCUUCUUGGUCGCUGCCGCCCUGUUGGCGUCAUGCGUCUCCGGACAUAUCCAGAUGUCGAAGCCGUAUCCCAUUCGGAGCCCGCUGAACCCGGACGGGGGUGACCAAAAGGAUUACUCCUACACGAACCCCCUGUCAACAGAUGGAUCUGAUUACCCGUGCAAGGGAUAUGCAAAUGAUCCCUUUAAAUCUGUCGCUGACUAUACCCCCGGCCAAACAUACGAACUUGAACUGCAGGGCAGCGCGACCCACGGCGGAGGCUCAUGCCAGAUUUCCCUCUCCUAUGACAAGGGCAAGAACUUCAAAGUCAUCCAUUCAAUGCUUGGAGGAUGCCCUAUCACCUCCAAGUAUAACUUCCAAAUCCCAUCCGACGCACCGUCUGGCGAGGCCCUCCUGGCGUGGUCAUGGUUCAACAAGGUCGGAAAUCGCGAGAUGUAUAUGAACUGUGCUAUGGUCACCAUCCAGGGUGGUUCUCAGGCCCGCCGGCACGCGCGCGACCUGUCUCCUGCCCUCUCCCGUCGGGCCGGCGGCUUUGACAGCCUUCCACCGAUCUUCCAGGCCAACAUCAACGGACCCGGCAAGUGCAAGACAAUCGAGGGCCAGGAAGUGAACUUUCCUCUCCCGGGACCUUCCGUCGAGGGCUCCUUGAGUGGAAAGGGAUACCAGUGCGAGGGCUCUGCCCCUUUCCUGGGCAGCGGCGACUCGAGCAGCAACAGUCCCAAGGCCUCUUCGUCCGUUCACGCCGUUGCUUCAUCUGCUACACCUUCUUCAAGUUCCCACUCUACGGCCACACCCUCAGCAAGACCCGCUCGACUCCACGGGCCCCUUCGCGAAAACCCCAACCCUUCACAGUUCUCCAGUUCCGAGUCCGGGUACAAUUCUCAGCCCGAGACUCAAUCCACGCCGGAGUCCGGGUACAAGCCUCAAUCUGUUCAAUCAAUCCCGGAGUCUGGCUACAAGCCUCAGUCUGUUCAAUCCACCCUAGAGUCUGGCUACAAGCCUCAACCUGAGUCACAAUCCACCCCGGAAUCUGUGUACAAGCCUGAGGCCCAGUCCCAAUCUACCCCGGGGUUUGGGUAUAAGCCUCAGUCCGAGUCGCAAUCCACCCCCGAGACUGUGUAUAAGCCUGAGGCCCAGUCCCAGCCAAAGCCCGAGUUUGGGUACAAGCCUCAGUCCGAGUCCCAAUCCACCCCGGAGUCUGUGUAUAAACCUGAGGCCCAGUCUCAGACCAACCCGCAGUCUGAGUACAAGCCUCAACCUGAGUCUCAAUCCACCCCCGAGUUUGGGUACAAGCCUGAGACUAUGUCUCAAUCUACUCCGGAGUCUCUGUAUAAACCUGAGGCCCAGUCUCAGUCCAAGCCCGAGAUUGGGUAUAAGCCUGAGUCGGAGUCUGCAUCCAAACCCGAGUCCAAGAACUACCCUGAAGCUGAGCAUGCGAUUGAGCCCAAGCCUGCCUCUCAGCCUGCCUCUCAGCCUGCGCCCGCGCAAGGAUACGCGGAGCCUUGUGUACACGGCGAGAUCCUGUGCGGUCCCGAUGGUCAGACAUGGGCCAUGUGCGACUGGGGCAGACCCGUUCACAUGGGACUUGUUGCCGCCGGCACGCGCUGCCGAAAUGGUGCCCUCGAGCGUAUCUAG